AUGCGUUUAAUCGCAGGUCGUAACCUAUAUGCCAUUACUCCGCGUUUUGCUCCAACCUCUACACCUGAGCAAUUGGCAAAAGCAGGGCAGUUAAAAGCAGAGUAUCCAACGGUCAAAGUCGGCUUAGGAACUGAUAUUGGUGCAGGAACAGCCUUUUGCCAAUUACAAACCCUCAAUGAAGCCUACAAAGUGCAACAACUCCAAGGUGAUAAACUUUCGGCAAUGGAAUCACUUUACCAUGCAACGCUUGGUGGAGCGAAAGCGCUGCAUUUGGAUGAGCAAUUGGGCAAUUUCAAUAUCGUGAUUUUUAUGGCUGAUUUAUGUCGUGCAAUCAGCAAGACUCACGAACUCGAUUUUAUGACCGUUUCAAGCUAUGGUGGCAGUACAACAUCUUCUCGUGAUGUCAGAAUCCUCAAAGAUUUAGACGGCGAAAUUCGCGGUAAAGAUAUCUUAGUCGUGGAAGAUAUUAUUGACUCUGGCAAUACCUUAAGCAAAGUAUUGGAAAUUUUAAGCACACGUCAUCCCAACUCGAUCGAGCUGUGUACUUUAGUCAGCAAACCGUCUCGCCGUGAAAUCGAUUUAGAUGUGAAAUUUCUGGGCUUUGAAGUUGAAGAUAAAUUCAUUGUGGGCUAUGGCUUAGACUACGAUCAAAAAUACCGUCAUAUUCCGUUUAUCGGGGAAAUU